ACUCAGAAAAUAGCAAACUGUCUUCCUCGGAUGUCGAUGGUGUCACCUUGAAAAAAACACCGGCCAUGAAUGACUGAGCGUCGUUCGUGUCUAAAAGCAACGCGGACGGGCUUUUCUCGUAAAACUCCAAACCUACCGUUACAAAAUCAUUCUAACUGCCAAUCGGAAGUAGCAACGUUGACUUAUGUGUCAAUAUAUUUAUUUUUCACCAGCCGAGUUGGGUGUUUUGGGGUUUUGAGAUGGGAGUAGUACUGCGGAACCUCCAGAAGGUGGUUCCUCUCCGCCGCUCCAGGCUGCGCAGGGACGUGGACACUCUCAGGCACAUCCUCGGCAUUCACAAGUUUGACCUGGGCGUCAUCUGCGUCGACAACCACAGAAUUCAGAAAAUUAACAAUAUUUACAGGAAGAAAAACGAGCCGACGGACGUUCUCUCGUUUCCAUUUUACGAGGAUCUGAGACCUGGGAAAAUGCCUUGCCCCAUUCAUAGAGAUGAACUGAACCUUGGGGACAUUUUCCUUGGGGUCGAAUUUGUGAUGAAGCAGUGCCAGGAGGACUCUCUCGAUCUGCAUGGUGCUCUUACUGUUGUCACAGCCCAUGGUAUCUGUCACCUGUUGGGGUACAGACAUGAGACAGAGGAAGAAUGGGCCGAGAUGCUGCAGAGGGAAAGCUACAUUCUCAGUGAGUACAACAGACUCACAGGUCGACAUCUAGAACCGUUGAUGAACAGAUGCAGUCAAGACAGGUGACAAUGACUGCUGCAAACUUCACAGUUCAAAGAUGCACUUACUGUUCUGCAAAGUCCAGACAGAAUAAUUUUAUUCACUACUGUGGUUCGUAAUCAAUUAUUUAAAAAAAACAGUGCCGUCUUAUUCACAAUGAAUAUUUGCUGCAAAUGUUAAAUGACUUAAAUCCUCUGUAAUAGACAUUUUUAAGUUAGAUUGUGAAUAUUUCCUUUUCAAGCUGUAGGUGUGUGUAGAAGAAAUUUAUAAAAGCAACUUUUAAAAAGUUUGUUCUUUCAUUGUAUUUUUUUUUUCAUUAAAAUCUGCUUUUGGAAGAAUCAGUUGUGUAUGAAGAGUAGAAAAAAAGCUUAAUUCCCACUUCACAAAUAUAUUUUACCCUCUUUGCACAACAUUUGAAGCAGGAUGUUCAGGAAAGCAAAGGGUUUCUAAAACCUAAGUUGUGAGAUGAGAACAAAUUUGUAAAUUGUGUCCUCAUCUCACAACUGCCCUAAUCAAGUUGUCAUGCGACAGUAUUCUGUACUUCUGAAAAUGCCCAAAUACAAAGGCCCUGCCCACGUGUCAUAUUUG